UACAUAACAAUGGACAGAUUUCAUAGGAUCCUCCCUCCACAAGUUCCUGUAUGGUUACUCUUUAAACUGUUUCACCGAAGUUAUAAUGAUUAAUUCCGACUACGGUUGAUCUGUGAUCUUACAAACCCAUCAUGCGAACACCUGGGAUUUUUAUUUUCGGGCUGGUGCUCGCGCCUUGCGGGUUGCUUUUAGAUCUGAUCAGCACUGUGGCCCCGAGCUGGCGCACCAUCAAUAACAUCCCUGGAGAGACCUCUGAUCUGGUUCUCCAACAAGGACUAUGGGACAUCUGCCGGACUUAUACAUCAUCCCGGGACAUUCAAUGCAACCAACCGAACACACAAUACUUCAACACUCAGAUCAUCCAGAUUGCGCGCGGUCUGAUGUUGGCAUCACUCAUUCUCAAUGCCAUUGCUAUUGGCGUGGCAUCAGUUGGAGUGAGAUGUUGGACGAAUAGCGCACCGCGCUGGAUAGUCGCUGGCAUCGGCGGUCUUCUCAUUUUCAUCUCAGGCGUCCUCGCCAUCAUCCCGGUGGCUUGGUACACUCACAUCAUGAGCUCCAUCACCUCUUCAUCCACCGAUAUUCGUGCUGGAUACUGCCUAGUUCUGGGCUUCAUAGGUGGGAUCUUGGAAGUGCUCGGAGGUUUAGUGAUGUCCAUCGGGUUAUGCCUGAGUUGUGGCGAACGGAACCGCAAGGAAAGCCCGUGGACAAACGUGGUGAGAUCCACGCGUAAUCCAUCCUCUCCUCAACGGAUGACAGUACCGACUAUAAGCAGAAACAGCAGCGCGAGCAGUGUCCCAUAUUACUCCAAAGACACUGAUAUGGACUUACCAAGAGCGAAGAGGCAACAGGACCGAUUUGUCAACACUCCAUACAGAGCAAGACCAUACGAUUCAGAUUUGUAAAAAGACUGUACAUACAUUUAACAUUCUGAAUAUGAACUAACCUGAAUGCAUACCGCGUACAAAGAGCGCUUACUAAAAGUACCAUGGUUACCAGUUUCCACGGAAAACUGCCAGAGAUAGGGGCCGUUCAAACCGAACGCGUCCUUGCGCUUAAGGAAACACGCUAGAGCAGAACAGCGGUGUCUCGAGACGCGUUUAAAACUUUGACGUUCUUAAAGGAAUAUCCCGGGCUCAAUACAAGUUGAGCUCAAUCGACAGCAUUUGUGGCAUAAUAUUGAUUACCACAAAAAAUUAAUUUUGACUUGCCCCUCCUUUUCUUUAAAAAACAAAAACAAAACAAAAGCUAAAAUCUGAGUUAAAGUGAGACACUUACAAUGGAAGUGAAUGGGGCCAAUCCGUAAACAUUAAAAUACUCACUGUUUCAAAAGUAUAGCCACAAGACAUAAACAAUAUGUGUGUUAAUAUGAUUUUAGAGUGAUAAAAUUGCUUACUAACCUUUUCUGUGUAAAGUUAUAGCCAAUUUUACAACUUUGUUGCUUUGAUGAUGUAAUGUCAACAAACCCUAAAACCACUGUAAAAAUGACGAUUUUUACAAAUUUACAGCUCAAAAAAAUACAUGAGUUUUAACAGAAGAAUUAAUGUAAGUGCUUUUAUAAAAUGCUAAGCUUCACAUUUCUGCCUUUGAACACUUUAAAAAUUGGCCCGCACUCACUUCCAUUGUAAGUGCCUUACUGUAACCUCGAUUUUAAAUUUUUUUAAGAAAAGGAGGGACGAGUCAAAUAUUUUUUAUUUAUUUAUUUAUUUAUUUAUUUUUUGUGGUAAUCAAUAUUGCCACAAAUGCUUUUGAUUCAGCUUAACUUGUAUUAAACCUGGAAUAUUCCUUUAAGGGGCUGUUCACACAGAAUGCAUCCUCAUGCUACAAACCUAAUCAGGGCAAACAAACGCAGGUGUCUCAAGGCAAUUUAUAUAUAUAUAUAUAUAUAUAUAU